UUUCGCAAUGGACUUGGGAGCUUUUCUUGGCUGUGCCAGUUGCUACUUUUUUCCUCUAGCUGUAGCUCUCCUUUCCUCUCCUCUCCUCUCCCAGUAGUUCUGGGCUAGUGGUUUUGUAAGCCCCUUCCUUCCUCUCGUCAUGGACCAAGAGAAGCCUCGUUCCCCGCCGGUUAACUUCAACGAGUUGCCGGACGACUCUCCCCACGUGAGAGCCGCUAUUGCAGCGCUAAGGCGCAAAACUGUGGAAGAGAAUUUGCAGGUCCGGCAGUCCGAACUUUCUGACGCCGAUCUGGUCCGCUUUUUGCGGUGUCGAGACUUCGACUGCAACCUGGCUUGGAAGGUCUUGAAAAACUAUCACAAAUGGAGAACAGAAUACCCAGAAAUAAGUACAAAUCUACAUCCAUCCUCUGUUUUUGGCCUGUUGCAAGCCGGCUACCUUGGAAUCUUGAAAGAAAGGGAUCCAAGUGGUUCCAAAGUUACCAUUUAUAGAAUUGCAUCAUGGGACCCUAAGAUAUUUUCUACAGAUGAUCUUUUUCGUCUAAGUCUUAUGGCAUCUGAGCUUAUUUCAAGAGAGCUAGACACCCAACAGAAUGGUGUCAAGGUGAUCUUCGAUCUCCAAGGAUGGACAUUUGCUCAGGCAUUUCAGAUCACUCCAAUGGUGGCCAGGAAAGUAGCUUUUUCACUCACAGAUAGCUUCCCACUAAAAGUUCGUGGAAUCCACCUGAUUAAUGAACCUUUGAUUUUUUACCAUGUUUUUAAACUAAUUAAGUGUUUCCUCUCUGAAAAAAUCAAAGCACGGAUCUAUCUGCAUGGGAAUAACUUUGCACAUGGGCUCCUGAAACAUUUUCCAGCCAGCAUUAUCCCAGAAGAAUAUUAUGGUGAAGCAGCCUCUAUCGAAGAAGUUUCUAAAGAAACGACUGACUUUUUAAUGGAAUCUGCAGAUUAUCUUCAAAGUGUUUCUUUCCAUGCAUAGCCCACUGACAUGGAGUAAACUAUAUCUGGAGGAACAGAAUUGCUUGAUUAUUAACCAGAACGAGGUACUGAUGAAGUUAAGGAUUCAGGUUGCAGGAUCCAAAGGUCAUAGAAAAUUUGUAUUAGCCUGGAACCCCCAUCCCCAAAAGAAACAACCAACUGCAUUUUAAAACAUAUAUAUAUAUUACAGACACUUUUCGACCCCUUUCUAUCACCUGAUGCUAAGUCAACGUAUAGAUUUAACUUAGAUAAUGCAAAAUUGCUUUUGGAUCAAUGUCAGGUGUUGUGAUUUCAGAAUAAGGUUACUAGAGAACAAAAUGAGAACGUCUCACAAUACAUGUACAUUUUAUGUGAAAGAGAAUUGUUUCCUCCCUAGAAAAUGUUAUACAAUUCUAAAAGGCUAAUGGCCCCACCUGCUGAAACUCAGCCUGCCAAACUGUAAAGAUAGCUUCUGCUGGGUCAGACCAUAUAUUUUCCUAGUGGCCAACUAGAUGUCCUGGAGAAGCUCACAAGCAUGGUGAAAUACCAAUGCCCUGUUUCUUGUGUUCAUAUCUGGUACUCAGAUCUGUCCCUAUUUUUCUGCCUUCUGUGCAAUAAGUGUUUUGGACUCCCUGUGAGUGAUGAUGUAUUCAGAGUAUUAACAUGUGCAUGUUUCCUCCACAGUGAGCCUCUGUGUUCAGUGGGUUCUUUCUUAGCUCUAUAUGUGCCUACUUAGAAUUAAGUGCUAUCGACUGUGUUACCCAACAGAAGUUUCUUUGGUUAACAUAGAUAAAAUUUGCUAUGUUUGCAUAACCUGUUAUGUCAGAACAAACCCUAUUAAGGUAUAAUGUGAUGGUCUGAUUCACAUAGGCAUGAUUUACUUAGUUUGUGCUUAACCACUGUGGUUUAAAACUCAUACAAUAUGUUUUGAUACAUUGUGUAAAUGUACCCGUAGCAUUUAAUGGGACUUCCUCUCAGGUGAGCUUACGAUGUUAUUUCAUGAUGCAAACUCACAAGGGGUUAAUAAGCAGCUAGGUAACAAUUGGCAUAGUAAUUACUCUUCUUUACUACUGAUAUUUUUUGAAUCUUAGCUUUUGUUCCUGUAAGGCAUAAUUCUUGACAUAAUUCUCAAGAAUAUGGGUUUGGGAGGUUCAAUUGCUAUAAGCAAAAAUUAUAAAAAUAUUAUUCAUACGAGAAAGACACUAAUGCUAUUCUGACAAGAGGCACAUUAUUAUAACAAUUUGGACACAAUAUGCAUCUGAAUGAGAUCUGGAGGUUGGUAGCAGAAACAUUCCUCAAUUUUUAAAUACUUUUUCAGAUACUAUAAAGGAAAUAUUUGAUGAAAUACAAUUUGAAAUAAUGAGUAGGUAGUAUAUAUACAUACAUCUAAGCAUCCUUAUCUGUGUUGGAUAACAUUGUUAACUGAAAAUGAUAGCAUUUUUAACAGAAAUCACUUUAAGGCUAUCGUGUUAUAUUCACCUGAGAAUAAUUUCCAUUUCGGUUUCCUGGGAUUUUUGAUCAGUUUUUUUCCUUUCUUUUUGCACAAAAGGAAGAAAGAGAGAGAGAUUGAUUAUAUGGAAAAGGAUUGGAAAUAAACAUCAGGAUCAGUUUGCAAACCCUUCUCUUUUACUGAGGGAAUAGACUGAAUUAUAUCCCCCCCUUCUGCUAGUUGCAGAGAGUAGGUUUUUCACAGUCUCCAGGAGCCAACAGGAAAGGAUUAAGUUUAAGACUCCACCCAACAGGUAGGACUGGAACCAAGCUGGCAAGCUCCCAAAUACAAGAUGUUCUGGUUAGAAAUCUGUGGAGUCCUUGGUGUUCUCUGAGCUUUGUUGUUUCCUUGCAAACAUUUCAUUACAAGGCUAGGUUACA